CCAGCCAGUCAGUCAUCCUCAGACCGCCACUCUCACUGGACCUGCCACUCCUCACACUCAUACAGUGGUCCACUCUUGUUUACCAUCUUGCUGGCCUCUUAAAGUGCUGCGUCAAACCCAACGGCUCCUACGCGACAACCCGACGCAACCGCUCCGUAACCAACAUUUUCUUGGGCAGUGUUCCGUCGCGUGUUGGUGGUGUUACGCUUAUCAGAAAACACAAACUUGUGCAAGAUUUACCGAUAUUGACAAAUAACUUCUGAGUGCUCAGAGGAGUUUUUUUUUUUAAGUUGUGUUCUGAUCAAGAGACGGUAAUUUUUUUUUUUUGCGGUUAUCAUUGUGCUAGAAUUUGACUAAACAUUUGUGAUCAUUCUUGUAAUAAUUAAGAUAAUAAUUGUUCGUAAGUGUUAAAUUAUUCGCCCCCAUCCCCCCCGGCCCCAUGAGAGAGAAGUGCCGCAAGGAGUGACAGUGGAGGUGGAGUGACACUCCCAGUUCGUCCGCACCUCACCACUAAUCCCCAGACCCCCACCACAACCCCCAACCCCUACACAAAACCCCCUCCUUCUUCAUUGCCACCUCAAGAUUACCACAAGCCAGCUAGCGCCACCAGUACAACGCUGUGAGGUUCACCACCAGAGUAGCAGCUCCAGAGCUGACGAUACCAAGGAUAAAGUCUUCUCAUCUUCCUUCAGUCUUGGAGUAAAGACGGGUUGUUGGUCGAAGCUUGUCUGCAUACAUCCUCAGGAUUAUUAUUAUUUGUGUGAAACGCAAAACCCGUGUGGAGCAUUCAGCAGGAGGAGUGGAGGGAGGCUUGAUCUUACGGUCCGCUAAGACCCGAACAAAUACGCUAAUUGUACUCACAAGCGUCCAGCCAGCCACGUGAACGCCUGUAAAGGCCGCCCAAACACUUGCUAGGAGCUCCUUAUGCUAGUAAACAAUACUGAAUGAGUUGUGUUGUCUACUAGUAAGGUGGCCUCCACGGUGCCAGCCCUCGGUGCCAGCGAACACUCCCUUGUGCGACUGAUUGAAAUCUUCUGAUACUGGAAAAAUAUAUCCCCCUGGUGGAGAACAUUAGUGCGAUCAUUAAUCAUCUUCAAGACCCCAAGAUACCACCGCUGGCGCACGAUUAUGUAAGCGGCAAGCAAAAGUAGUGCUUGCGUUGCUGCCGUUGCCGCCAUAGCAAGGGGCAUCGGGCAGGCUUCUGCCGCGUGCCGCCGCUUCAGCGGGACGGUCGAGUCAUACGGAGGUGUGUACACGUGUGCGUGAUUACAGGUGCAGGAAGGAGUGCGUGGCGACCAGGUAGGUCUUGCAUCGCCGGCGCCGUGGCUCCCCAUGCAGGCGCCGCCGACCCGCGCGCCCUGAUGACGGUGGCGUGGCGCAGCGCAGGGGACAUGGCGACGGAGGUGGGCGGCAUGGGUGGGAUGAGCGGCGGGGGCGAACACCCUGGAGAACUGAUGAAGACCGGCUCGCCUAACAUCCUGUGUACGGCGCUGCCCAGUCACUGGAGAUCAAACAAAUCGCUACCCAUGUCCUUCAAAGUGGUGGCUCUGGACGAUGUCAAAGAUGGCACCAUCGUCACCAUUAGGGCCGGAAACGACGAGAACUUUUGCGGCGAGCUGCGCAACAACUCCGCCGUCAUGAAGAACCAGGUGGCCAAGUUCAACGACCUCCGCUUCGUCGGUAGGUCAGGCAGAGGAAAGAGCUUCAACCUGUCCAUCAUCAUCAGCACGGCGCCCAUGCAGAUGACCACUCUCACGAAAGCCAUCAAGGUGACGGUGGACGGGCCCAGGGAACCACGUAACAAGUCACGUGAGUGGAUAGUGGGUCACCCUGGGUGGGGUUUCCACUUGGGUUAUCACCCGUGGCUGGACUCGCACCUCUCAGCGCUGGGAUACAACCUGGGACUCACAGCCUUCAACCCCCUAGCGCACACCAAGGCCUUGGAGCUAGCCAGAGUGGGCGGCAAUGGUUGGCUGGAUGCGUGGCGCGGCGCCUCCGGCCUGGUGGGCGGCCUGGGUAUGGGCGUGGGUGGUUCUCAUCUACCAGGCACCGCCCUCAGCAGCCUCUCCGCCCAUUCCUUGCCCUCUCUGCCCACCCACAGCCCCGCCCACACCCACGCCCUGGCAAGCAUAACCAACUCAGAAUCAACGAGAUCGCUUCUCUCCGGUGAUUCUCGGUGUUUACGGUGUCGUGGGUGUGAGUCAGGAGGCCCCUGCACGUCGCUUCUUCACCACGCCUCCCACGCCACCCCAGGCUCUCCCUCUUCCUCUCCAACAGCAGUCUCUGCCUCCACCACCCCCACCAGCAGCGCCAACAGCUCCAGUAGCAACGGAACCAACAAUGGUAGCACCAGUAGCAGUAGCACCAACGGCAACAGCAGCAGCUGUAGCAGUAUUCGGCCUCCGCCUCUUGCUCCUCUGGGAGGUCUUAGCGCCUUCUCUAUCCCUCGGUCACUGGGGGGAGCGAAGACCAACUUCCCGUCCCGCGAGUCCUCCUUCCAGCCCGUCAAGCCUUCCAGUGACCGCAGCCCGGAGAUCAAGGUGUGGAGGCCGUACUGAGACCUGGCCUCCUAGCAGACAUUAAAUCCAGUCUCUGGCGUGGUGACCUGGCAUUGCAGCCAGCGAUACCCGAAGAUGACCGCUCUGGAGGCCUUUUUGAAGUCCGAUCCUUCAACGAGAGAAGCAUUUAUUGCAAACGUCUUAAGAGUCGCAACUGGCCCGUUGCCUUGUAAGAGAAAGACUAAAGGUUAGAGAUGACGUUGAUGAAGAAUCCAGUGAGUGACUUAAUAAGUGAAUUUGGCAAGUGAAAAUGGUCUUGGUCGCCCCCUCUUCCCGGGGUCCCACACCACGAGAGACUCAGACCACACACAACUACGAAGUUGUCAAGAGAUUCCGAACACCAGAAGACAAGUAUGGUUGUUGAGGUGUUCAGAGUUCUUAUCUCUCCAAGUCGUGUUGAUAAAAAACGAAUAAGGAUUCACUGAAAACGCUGCCCCUUUAUUCAAGCACGCAUACGUGUGUGUGUACAGUAUUUCAGAGCAUAUGUUUAUAUAGCGCCGUUUGUGCGUGAACGCGUAGCUGGGGAAAAGGGGGGGGAGAGGCGGAAGUUCCUCUGGAAGAAGAGGUAUCGAAGUUGUUGCAGAAGGCUUGGCUGCUUGAGAUCACAAGCCAUCUCUCCUCACCAUCUGGCUCCUGCAGCCUCCAGACAAUCAUCUCGUUGGUGUAGGCCAGCAGCCAGUGCCAAACAUACACACUGAAUACCGAGGAGGAACAUUUGUGUUUUCUACUUCAGGGAUAAGAAACCCAAAGACUCCCAACUCCCCAGUUAAAACUGAAAAUGUUCUCUUGUCCGCAUCGCAGUGAUUUCUUAAGCAGUGAAGAAGGAAAAGUUACGACAUUUCAAAGCAAGUAAAACAGUAACGUAAGAGGAUAUAAGAAAAGUUCUCCACUUAAGACGUUUUAGUGAUUCGAGGAAUUUACAUGAAAAACUGGAAACAUUGUGACUACGGGAGAUUAAGAUGAACUCCACAUAGGUGGACGAGGGAAGCCAACUCUUGUGAUAAAGCAUUAGAUGAGUGAGAGAUGUGUGUACUGUACGUGUGAGAAUGUGUGUGUGUGUGUGUGUGUGUGUGUGUGUGUGUGUGUGUGUGUGUGUGUGUGUGUGUGUGUGUGUGUGUGUGUGUGCGUGUGUGUGUGUGUGUGUGUGUGUGUGUGCAUGUGUGUGUGUAUGUGCAUGUGUGUGUGUGGGUGUGUGUGUGUGUGUGUGUGUGUGCAUGUGUGUGUGUGGGUGUGCAUAUGUGUGUGUGGGAAGCACUGUGAUGCACCACUGCAGGCACCACCAAAAUUUCCGUUCAUCUGUUCAGUGUCGCACAUCUUUUGAGUCUCUCAGUCUCGUGGUACAAAUACGACCUAUGAUGGACUCGUGUGCAUGGUUGUCAAUAACUGUCCGUCACGAGAGACACUGAGAGAAGCAGUGGUACAUUCUGAGCACUACAGGGUAUGAAGGCUAUAUCACCUUUAUGUUGGGUAGGUUUUUUCACCACUAAGGAAAGAUGUCGGUGUUCUUGCGUGUAGAAUCUGCUCCGCCUGUACCCUGAGACCUGGCUUGAGGUCCUCUCCAAAUUAUCUCCCAUAAAAGCCCUGGCAAUGCUUUAGUUUAUCACCUGCAACGAGACACAAUUUGCCGCUAAUUGGCUCAACAACAUUUCUCGGUUAUGGCUCCUGGCUUCUGAUUUGCCAAACAAAUUUUCCCGUUCUAAAUCAGGUCAGGGAUUGGCUGAAUUCCGGCUGGAAACUAGCGAGAGCCAAUUAGAUUUCAGUAAAGUUAUGACCUCUUCGUUUAAUCAGAGCCUCAAGUGUGAGUGUCAGAAUACAGGGGGUCCAGGCGCUGCACUUGUUGUAUAUAUGUAUGCCAUGUGUUGUCUAAGUCACUCUUCACUGUUGGUCUUCAGUUUUUGUAUAUAAACAACAGGAAAUUAGGAUUUAUAUUUAUUUAUUUCAGAGCUCUCGAUACCAUCCCUCCCACACCCAUCACCCUCUCAAUUUUCAUGAAAAAAAUCAAGAGUGGUUUUGUACUUUAACAAACCCAGGAGCUGUAGAUGACGAUGUGUUAUAUGUAUGACAAGUGUGUUAUACGUAUGACAGAUGUGUCAUGGAUGACAGGUUUGCCAUGUGUAAGACAGGUGUGUCACAUGGAUGACUGUGUUAUGCAUAUGACAGGUGUAUCACGUGAACUAAAAGGGUCAUGUGUGUGACAGUUGUGUCACGUGUAUGACAUGAAUGUCAUAUAUAUGACAAGUGUUGUCAUACAUCACAAAUAUGCCACAUGUUUGACAGGCGUAUCAUGCGCAUGACAGAAGUGCUAUGCUUAUGAUUGGUAAGUCACUGACAUGUCAUGUCCCACGUAUGAGAGGCUUGUAACUGCUUUGUCAUGUGUAUGACCACCCAUCUCACAGGCGUCAACUGGCAGUUAUGCCAUAUGUAUAAACAUGGUUCUAUGACAAAUGUCUAACAGCUUCGUUUUGUGUAAGCUGUGCCACAUAUAUGACCUUUUUCACACAUGACAUAUGUUACACAUGCGACAGUGCGAGUUACACACCUGGCAGGGCAUUUUGGUAUCUUGUGUCAUUUUUGACAGCAUACUAUAUAUAUCAGUAUGUAUCAUAUUCCUAAGCCUGGCAGCCUAGAUCAUGUGCCUGGCAAUGAUGUGCCAUACAACUACAGCCUUACUCAUACGUCUGGCAGUUGCAUCAUAAGCCUAGCAGUGUUGGGUCAUACGCCUGGUAGCGUGAUUCGCAUGUCAGGCAGUUGUGCAUCAUACGCCUGGUAGCGUGAUUCGCAUGUCAGGCAGUUGUGCAUCAUACGCCUGGUAGCGUGAUUCGCAUGUCAGGCAGUUGUGCAUCAUAUGCUUUCCUGUGACGUGUCAUACGCCUGUUAUUGAUGGGUCAUACCCCUGGCAGUAGUGCAUCAUGCGCCUGGCAGUGAUGUGUCAUAUGCUCAGCAGACUUACAUGCCUGGCAAUGGUACCUUAUAAACCCGGCAGCGUGACGCAUAUGUGGGGGGACAAUGAUGUGUCAUACAUCUGGCAGUGAAGGGUCAUACGACUGGCAGUGGUGUGUCGUACGCCUGGCAGCAUGAGUACCGGCAGCGUAUAUAUCCCCCCCCUCUCCCCGUACACAUUGUAAAUAAUUGUAUACAAUAAAUGUUUAAAACUA